AUGUCUUCUUCGAUUAAUCUAUCUUCAAAGGAAACUUUCGACCUAGAAGAUAAAUACUCUGCCCACAACUACCAUCCUCUGCCAGUAGUCUUCCACAAGGCAAAAGGUGCAAAAGUUUGGGAUCCUGAAGGUAAAGAAUACCUAGAUUUCUUAUCUGCCUACUCCGCAGUCAACCAAGGCCACUGUCAUCCACAUAUCGUAGAAGCUUUGGUCAAACAAGCUUCCGUUUUAACCCUAUCUUCAAGAGCUUUCUCAAACGACGUAUACGCUGCUUUCGCAGAAUUCGUAACAAAAUUCUUCAACUAUGACAUGGUCUUGCCAAUGAACACCGGUGCUGAAGCUGUAGAAACUGCAUUGAAAUUGGCUAGACGUUGGGGUUAUGAAGUUAAAAACAUCCCAGAGAAUGAAGUAAUCAUUUUAGGUGCAGAGGGAAACUUCCAUGGUAGAACAUUCGGCGCAAUCUCUUUAUCAACUGAUGAAUUAGACUCGAGAAAAAACUUUGGCCCAUUCAUGGAAAACAUCACUUCAAAGAAUUUAACUAAGCCAAACCAUAAAAUUAGAUAUGGUGUAAUCGAAGAUUUAGAAAACGUUUUCGAAAAAUUCCAUUCCAAAAUUGCUGCUAUUAUCUUGGAACCAAUCCAAGGUGAAGCUGGUAUCGUGGUUCCUCCUCCUGAUUAUUUUACAAAAGUCCAAUCCCUAUGUAAGAAAUUCAAUAUUCUAUUGAUCUGUGACGAAAUCCAAACUGGUAUAGGUAGAACCGGUAAAAUGUUGUGUUUUGAGCAUUAUAAAGAUGUCAAGCCUGACAUCGUACUGUUAGGUAAAGCUUUAUCCGGCGGUGUAUUGCCCGUCUCUUGUGUCUUAUCCUCGCGGGAUAUCAUGUUAUGCUUACCUCCUGGUUCUCAUGGUUCAACUUAUGGUGGGAACCCAUUGUCUUCUAGAGUGGCAAUUGCUGCUCUAGAAGUAAUCAAAAAUGAAAAUUUAGUGGAAAGAGCCGCUCAAUUAGGUGAUUUGUUACUACAGAAAUUGAACGAUUUGAAAACUUCUUCAGGUGGUAUGAUCUCAGAGGUAAGGGGUAAAGGUUUAUUAACUGCCAUUGUCAUUGACCCAAAAAUGGCAAACGGAAGAACAGCUUGGGACUUAUGUCUAUUGAUGAAAGACAACGGUUUGUUGGCAAAACCAACUCAUGAUCAUAUCAUUAGACUAGCUCCUCCUUUAGUAAUCGCAGAAUCAGAUCUUCUAAGAGGUGUUGAUAUCAUACAAAAAUGUUUAAAAGAAUUGCCAUCAGCCCCAAUUUCAAACCAUUAA